AUGUUUGAUUCAGGAGCUACCCACUCCUUCAUAUCAGGAUUUGUUGCUAAUGGGUUACAAUUGCCCAUUCAUGAGUUCACGCCUCCCAUGGUAGUGAAGACUGCCACCGGAGACAUUACUUCUACUUCUUUGAAGUGCAAAGAAGUCAGAUUUGUAUUUGAGAAAGAAGAGUACAUGGUGGAUUUGAUAGUGCUUGAGAGCAUGAAUCUACACAUUAUCCUGGGAAUGGAUUGGUUGGUCCAUUAUGGUGUGAUGCUUGAGUGUUGUAAUAGAAGGAUUUUCUUUUCAACAAAAGGAGAGACGUCGGAUAGUUUGUAUUUGACAGCACCGCAAUUAAAUAAGGCUCUAAAUAAGGGAGAUGCAGGAUACAUUAUUUUGGGAGGAUUAGUAGGAAACUCCAAGGAACCUACUGCGAAUAUUCCCGUAGUGUGUGAAUUUGAGGAUGUAUUUCCAGAAGAGAUUCCACAGUUUCCACCAGAAAAGGAGAUUGAAUUCUCCAUUGACCUAUUGCCUAGUGUGGGGCCCAUAUCUUUGGCUCCAUAUCGGAUGUCACCUGUAGAGCUAGUAGAGCUGAAGAAGCAGUUAGAAGAAUUAUCCUAUCAGUUUGUUGUGGUAAUUAUUGAUGAUAUUCUGAUUUAUGCAAAGAGCAAGGAAGAGCAUGUUGAGCAUUUGAAGAUAGUCUUACAGAUUCUGAGGGAGCAUCAGUUAUAUGCAAAACCAUCUAAGUGUAAAUUCUGGUUGCAUGAGAUUCUGUUUCUUGGUCACGUCAUUUCAUCUGCUGGAGUGGUUGUGGAUCCUAGUAAAAUUGAAGCUAUGCUGGACUGGGAGAGACCCGAGAGUGUUACUGAAAUCCGGAGUUUCCUGGGUUUAGCAGGAUACUACAGGCGAUUUAUUAAUGGAUUCUCCAGAAUCGCCUUGCCAUUAACUAGAUUGACCCGAAAUGGGGAGCAAAAGGUAGUAGCCUAUGCUUCUAGGCAGUUGAGACCCCAUGAAGAGAACUACCCUACUCAUGAUCUUGAAUUAGCGGCUGUGGUUUUUGCCUUGAAGAUAUGGCGACACUUCUUGUAUGGUGCUACGUUUACAGUUUAUAGUGACCACAAAAGCUUGAAGUACCUAUUCGAUCAAAAAGAGCUUAAUAUGAGGCAAAGAAGAUGGAUGAAAUUUCUGAAGGAUUAUGAGUUUGAUCUUCAGUACCACCCUGGAAAGGCGAAUGUAGUGGUUGAUGCUUUGAGCAGAAAGAUCACGGGUGUGGCUAGUAUGAUGAUUGUAGAGUAUGACUUGAUUGAGGUGUUCAGGGAUUUGAGAAUUUCUGUGACACCACUUGAGACUUCAUAUUUCAUGACUACAGUUGAAGUCUGA